GAGCGCAGAGUGGAGGCUGCUGUGGGCCAUGACGGUCGGGGCGCCGAGGCGGGCGGUGGCGGUUUGCGGGGUGCUGGGCGCCGCCUUGCUGGCCGUGGGGCUGGUGCUCCUCGUCGCCCUGCCCUUCAUCGUGAAAGAUCAAGUGACCCAGACUGUCAGGAUACAGCCCAACACUUUUUUUUACGAGCUGUGGAAAGAUAUCCCAGUUCCUUUCUACUUCUCAGUCUACUUCUUCAAUGUGCUCAAUCCGAAUCAAGUUCUUGCUGGACUGAAGCCGGCCGUAGAACAACGGGGGCCUUACGUCUACAGGGAAUACAGGGAGAAAAAGAACAUCACAUUCCACGAAAAUGGUACAGUCUCCUUCCUAGAGUACCGGCGUUUCCAUUUCCAACCAUCGAUGUCAAAUGGAACAGAAGAGGAUUAUGUUUUAAUACCGAACCUCUUGGUGCUGGGAGCCGCAGUGAUGCUGGAGCAUAUAGCAGCUCCUCUGCAGAUAGCGGUGAGCACCGCUUUCUCUCUCUUCAAGCAGAAGGCCUUCCUGAACAAGACGGUUGGAGAAGUCUUGUGGGGGUACGAGGAUCCCAUCGUGAAAUUCCUGAACACCAUCAAGCCCGGAUUGCUUCCUUUCAGCGACAAGUUCGGCAUACUUGUUAGCUUGUCCUAUUGGAGGUCCGACCAAUGCAACCAAAUCAAUGGAACUUUUGGGGAAAUUUGGCCUCCCUUUAUGACUCCUUCUUCGCCUUUAGAGUUCUACAGUAUUGACGCGUGCAGAUCUUUGGCUCUGCAGUACAAGGAGCCGGGGGAAUUCAGAGGCUUGCCGAUAUACCGUUACGUGGCUCCCAAGACGUUGUUUGCAAACGGAACGGACUAUCCGCCCAACGAAGGCUUCUGCCCGUGCCGGCAGUCGGGAAUCCAGAACAUGAGCUCCUGUCAGCUAAACGUACCCUUGUUCCUGUCCCAGCCUCACUUCUUGAACGCUGACCCAGAGCUGUUGGAGACGGUGGACGGCCUUCACCCCAGUGAGGAGAAGCACGGUUUAUUCGUGGAAAUGCACCCGAUGACAGGAGUGCCCCUCAACGUGUCUGUCAAGUUGCAACUGAGUCUCUUUAUAAAGCGAGUCCCCUUCAUCUCUCAAACAGGGCGCAUUAAACAGGUUGUGCUGCCUUUGCUUUGGUUUGAAGAGCGUGGAGUGAUCCAGGAUGACCUCUUAAAUGAAUUCUAUCCGAUCAUGGUGUUGAUACCGACCGUUCUGGGAUAUGCACAGUACUGCUUCAUCGGUCUCGGGGGGCUCCUGCUAAUCGCUUCGGUUUCCCUGUGGCUCAGGAGCAAGAGAGGAGACGUUCAGGCGAAGGAUGUGCAGGUAGACCCACAGAACAGCGGACCGCAGGACCCCGAUUCUGCCCCACUCCUGAAAAAAGAUUUGAGUUCGAACACCCAUGGGGAAGACUGACAAGACUGGCACUUUAUCGGAACAGAAGAGCUCUUUUUUCCAGUAUGUGUGACUGCUAAGGGACCAGUGCGUGUGUGUGUUUGUGUUUGUGUGUGUGUGGGGAGAACUAAGACCUCUGCGGCCCAGCCUGACGGAUCCCAAGAUGCCUGCAUUGAAGUACACAGGGGGGGUAUUUUCCACCCUCCCUUUUUGUGAGAAUCUGUAGCAAACCGCCAGGUGAUUUCUGAGCAAAGAAAUGAAGAAAUUCAGGGAUUUUUUUUUUCUGUCCAGGAGAGGAGAGACUGCGUGGUGGCCAAAAAAAAAUCUCCUCCAGAUCAGGAGAGUGACAAUCCAACGCCCUUGCUUCUGUUUGCAUUGUGAACCAGGUUCUUUCUCCUAAAAGCAAGGCGCACUUGGGUUUAAAAAAAAAUAAAAAAUCUAAAGUUACAUUCUGAUACGGUAAGCUACAUUCUCAGGCUUACCGAGCACUACCACGGUUUGCCUGUCUGCAUUCACGGCACCGCCGUAGUCUCUUGUCCUGCUGUCGAGCUCAAAUGAUUUUGGAUGGUAUCUCUGCCACCUAGGAAGCAGACGCAACUCCUGCGCACGCACACACCUCUGCCCAUGGCAACUCCUGAAAAGCUGCUCUCGAGCACCGAGAUCCACGACGCAACACGGUGCCAGUUGGAAACAGAGAUGGAAGGGGUGCUGAUUCUCGUGUGCCCAUGAAGGCUGCUUAGAGGUUUGUGGGAGGCGUUUUAGGGUCUCUGCCUCUGGCACUUUGCCCCCCCCUUCCAAUUUUUGUACCCCCCAGAGAGAGAUCACACACUGCCAAUUCAAUCCUGUCACUUUUUUGUACAUGUUAUAGCAAGCGAAAUCUAAAGAUGCACUUUGUCAGUUGUAUUUUUAAUGGAACAGAAGAAGAGGCAUUACAUUUCCGGGUUUUUAAUGAGAGUCCUUCACUUUUUAUGGUGGGUAGAGAGAGCAGGAGCAAAAGAAGCUGGCCUGUAUCUCCUUCACAUCUGGGAACGAAAGCAACCAUCUGCUUCAGGGGUGGCCAAUGGUAGCUCUCCAGAUGUUUUUUGCCUACAACUCCCAUCAGAUCCAGCUAUCAGCCAUGCUGGCUGGGGCUGAUGGGAGUCGUAGGCAAAAAAACAUCUGGAGAGCUACCAUUGGCCACUCCUGAUUUACGUCAUAAAGAAAAAAAAACAGCAACUUUGCUUUUUCCUAACGUUCUAGUUCCCUGGAGCACCUUACUUUACGAGAGCGGAUAAAAGGUGCCUAGGUUUUGUUUUUUAAAAAAGCAAAUUGGUUGCCAAAAUGGCUCUUCUUUCCCUGUUCCGGAUUGCACUGUGAAAAUCUCUACUGUGUUUGUACAUUUAAAAAAUUAAAAUAGUUGUCAACCUUC